AUGGUGGCUCCUGCGACUACAGGAGCGAAUGCGCAAUCGACCACCCCCCGCCAGCGCCCAAACGUCUCGUACCCUUCCUACGGUCACAAUGUGCCAUUGAGCGCUCGACGCUCAGCGCCCUUGGAUCUCUCUACCGUCGAGCGACGUGGUCAGCCGAGUGCUGCACGAGAACCGACGAAUCGUAUUCGUGCACAUGGCUUACCGGAAGCUCCUACUUACCGCCCUACCGAAGAGGAAUUCAAGGAUCCGAACGAGUACAUCCGAAAAAUCGCACCAGAGGGGGCUAAAUAUGGUAUUUGCAGGAUUAUUCCUCCCGAAAACUGGAACCCCCCAUUCGCAGUCGACACUGAGAGAUUCCAUUUCAAAACUCGCCGUCAAGAACUCAACUCGGUCGAAGGAGGCACCCGAGCGAACUUAAACUACCUUGACCAACUGGCCAAAUUCCAUAAACAGCAUGGCACCAACCUCAAUCGCUUUCCUAGCGUCGACAAGAGACCCCUGGACCUAUACAAAUUGAAGAAAGCUGUCGAGGUUCGCGGCGGCUUUGAUCAAGUCUGCAAGUUGAAAAAAUGGGCCGAGAUCGGUCGCGAUCUAGGAUAUAGCGGAAAGAUCAUGUCAUCGCUUUCGACAUCGCUAAAAAAUUCAUACCAGCGGUGGCUUCAACCUUACGAAGAGUAUCUCCGUGUCGCUAAGCCCGGCGUACAACAGCAGCUCGAAGUCGAACAAGGUGGACCGUACACACCGUCCCCCAAUCGUUCUCCAGCAGCUAAGCGACCCAUGUCGACCACACCGUCAAUUCCGCGACCUGAGUCCCCCGCCAUCAGGGCUUCAAACAUCCUAAAUGCCUCGAUUGAGUCUGAUGGAGCGCCAGAACAGCAGACACCUGCCGAGGUCCCUAUUCGGCCCGCCCCAGGCUUCACUGCGGUCAACAGACCCGGGGGCUUCACUCCCGUUAAUCGUUCACCGUCAUUUGCUGCAGUGAAUAGUGCACCUCAAAUCAAGAGAGAGAAUGAGAACGGCUCAUCCACCCCAAAGAGCAUCGCCCCGCAUCCCGGCAAGGAUCUCGUUGACGCGAAACAGACACCUAUCACCAAUGGGCAUACCUCUCAUCCCCUCAAACGGACUAUAAGCCAUGACAGUUUUGCUGCCGACUCGCAGAGUGAGUCCGCCGAUCUUGACAGCUCAGGCCGGAGAAGCAAAAGACUCCGAAAAGAUGGCGUUCCUACAGUUGCCGGUUCGCACAUGAGUCUUCUUCGUCCGACGCCGCCAAAGGGGAAAGCUAAGAGCGGCACGCGCAAAACAGGCGAUAAGUGCGAAGCAUGCGGCAAAGCAGACAACCCGCAGACUAUCUUUGUGUGCGAUAGUUGUGAAAAUGGAUAUCACAAAGCUUGUCUUGAGAACCCGUUGAACGCUGACCCGGACUAUGAUUGGCAUUGCCCCAAGUGUCUUGUUGGCACCGGUGAAUUUGGCUUUGAGGAAGGUGGAGUAUAUUCACUAAAACAAUUCCAAGAGAAAGCGAAUUCUUUCAAGAAGAACUAUUUUGCUCCUCGCAUGCCAUUUGACCCUGUCCUAAAUACUCAGCGCCGUGAAACCGAAGACGACGUCGAGCGUGAGUUUUGGAGGCUGGUGGAGAGUCUUACGGAAACGGUGGAAGUCGAGUACGGGGCCGAUAUUCAUUCUACGACUCACGGAAGUGGCUUUCCGACUGUUGAGAGGAAUCCUCUGGAUCCGUAUUCUCAGGAUCCCUGGAACUUGAACGUGCUCCCAUUCUACGGGGAAUCUUUGUUCAAACAUAUCAAGUCCGAUAUCUCGGGCAUGACCGUACCAUGGGUUUACGUCGGAAUGUGUUUCUCUACCUUCUGCUGGCACAAUGAGGACCAUUACGCCUACUCUGCCAAUUAUCAACAUUUUGGCGCCACCAAGACAUGGUACGGCAUACCAGGGAGUGAUGCGGAAGCUUUCGAAGAAGCUAUGCGGCAGGCAGUCCCAGAACUCUUUGAAACGCAGCCAGACCUCCUGUUCCAGUUGGUCACGCUUCUGCCACCAGACCAACUUAAGAAGGCAGGAGUCAACGUCUACGCGCUCGACCAAAGAGCUGGCCAGUUUGUUAUUACGUUUCCCCAGGCAUACCAUGCUGGAUUUAAUCACGGGUUCAACUUCAAUGAAGCGGUCAACUUCGCUCCGACGGACUGGGAGCCUUUUGGUGCUCUUGGAGUUGAGCGAUUACAGGCCUUUAGAAGGCAACCGUGUUUCUCGCAUGAUGAACUGCUACUGACAGCUGCAGCUAGAGAUUCCUCCAUUAAAACUGCAAAAUGGCUUGCACCGGCCUUGGAACGGGCCGCUGGUCGUGAAGCCUCAGAUCGUGCAAAUUUCUUGGCCGCCCAUUGCGCAGCUUCUUCACAUCAUUGUAAGUUCAGCGGCGAUGAUUGGUCUGCGGAUGCAGAGUGCAAGAUGAAAUUUGUGGUGGAUGAACAGGACCUCGCCGAGGAAGAUCAUCAAUGUCAUUACUGCAAAGCAUAUGCCUACCUUACUCAAUUUCGCUGCGACAAGUCUGGAAAAACAGUUUGUCUCAUUCAUGCAGAUAUCUAUGAUUGUUGCGACGAAACUCUGGGGCAAAAGAUGAUGGGUCCAAAUCAUACGCUGCGAUACCGGAUGACAGACGAAUCGCUGCGAAAUCUACUACAAAAGGUGCAGGAUCGCGCUAAGAUUCCUGAAGCGUGGAAUGAGAAGUUGGAUAAGGUUUUAGAGGAUGAAGCAAAACCUCAGUUGAAGGUCCUCCAUAGUCUUCUAAGUGAAGGUGAGAAAAUCCCUUAUCACCUGCCCGGUCUGCAAGACCUGGCGGCUUUCGUUCAGCGGUGCGACAAGUGGGUAGAAGAAGCAAAUAACUAUAUCACGCGGAAGCAACAGAACCGCAGAAAGAAUGAGAAAGCCUGGCGUAAAGGCACUUCCAAAGCCGCACAGCUUGAAGAACGCGACCGUGAGCUUCGCAGAGUGGAAAAUAUCCACGCUCUACUUUCAGAGGCUGAUAAACUAUCCUUCGACUGUCCACAGAUGGCGGCAUUGGAAGAAAAGACGCACGAAAUCGAGAAAUUCCGCUUAGGGGUCCGUCUCGCUCUUGAAAACAAAAAUCGUUCGGUUUCCGAGGUUGAGGAAUUGGUGGAGUCUAGCCGGAAUUUCAAUGUGGACUUGCCAGAAGUUGAGCAAUUGGAAACCAUGCUCCAGCAAAUGAAAUGGAAGGAACAAUCUCGCAUAAAACGCAACCAACGCCUUACUUUCAACGAUGUCGAUCAAUUCAUUCAGCAAGGUGAAGAGUUAGGACUCACUGACAACGACCAGGACCUGCUUCACUUCAAAGAUUUGCGGCAGCUUGGUGAAGCUUGGGAAGCCAAGGCCAAAGAGCUGAUCUCUGUGGAGGCCGUCCAUUAUGUGCAGUUGGAAGCCCUAUCUGCGCAAGCAUCAAGAUUUCCUGUAUCUUCAGAGACGCUUGCGCAGGUCGAGGCUAUUCUGACUAAACAGCGGGAUGCUCAGAAGCAUAUUCGCACUCUUUAUGAGCGUUCCCAAGACCCAGACAUUCGCAAGCGACCUAGCUACAGAGAAGUUCGCGAGCUUAUAGAGUCACUAGAUCAGUUGAAUAGCAGGCCGAUGGGGGCUAUCGACCUGGAACGUGAACAGAAACAUCACGAGGACUGGAUGCGCAAAGGCAAAAAGCUUUUUGGCAAAGCAAAUGCCCCACUACAUAUCCUGAAAUCAUACAUGGAGUACGUGGAGAGAAAGAAUGCUUCGUGCUUUGAUUUGGAAGAUCGAUGUCGUCCGCCUGUCGAACCCGCCUCUCGUGACAACACCCCUGAUGGCCUUUUAGAAAAUACGCAUUCGAACUGGUGGGAAGCUAAAUCGCGCAAGAGAGAUGUAUUCUGUAUUUGCAGGCAACCGGAAGCCGGGAUGAUGAUUGAAUGCGAACUCUGUCAUGAGUGGUAUCACGGUAAAUGCUUGAAGAUUGCACGAGGAAAGGUUAAGGAGUUUGACAAGUAUACAUGUCCGAUUUGCGAUUGGCGACGGAAAAUUCCUCGUGAUGCCGCGCGCCCAAAGCUAGAGGAUCUGCAAGACUGGCAGGCGGAAAUUGCAAACCUCCCAUUCCAACCUGAUGAAGAAGAGAUCUUGAACAAGAUUGUCCAACAAGCCACACAAUUCAGAGAGUUCCUCCACAGUUUCACAAAUGCGGCUUGCACAACCAGCGAAGAAGUGCCAACUUUGAUAUUCUAUCUUCGCAAGAUUGAAGGGGCCGAAGUGCUGCUUGCUUACGAAACGAACUUUUUCCGGCAGGAAAUCCAUAAAUGGGCACCGGUGGCUCCAGAGCCGCCUCCAAUUUUGGAACAGUCGCUUUCGACACGUAAACCCCGACCUACGAAGAGUCAAAAGAUAAUGGCUCAGUUAGGCAUUGAUCGUGUUGAAGAUCUGCCGCCCCACCUCAGACCAAAAUCAAGUCACCAUGCCAAACGCAAGUCUGUCGAUGCAUCACAAUCGAGUCGGGCACUGCAGUCUGCAGAUGGUGGCACAGCAACUGAGUAUCAAGAGGAGGCCUCUGGAAGCAACGGAGCCAGUCUAGGGACCUCGUCUACGCCUUUUUUCACUGGUGGCUAUGCCAAUCUUGGUCAAGAUUCCAGUCCAUCAUUUAGACUCUCAUCUACCCCCGAGCCUGCCUCUCCUUUCCUUUCUCAAACUCUUCCCGGGCAAGCUUCAACAUUUGAUUCCCGUUCGCCGCCACGCGGUGUGGACCAGCCAUUAUUUACCGAACCUUCUGUUUUCCGAGACCCACAAGAGAGCGCUUCUGGGGUAGACAUCGGUACUGGCAAUCCUUUCAGCAGCAGCCCAACUCGUCAAGAGAUAACUGACGUCUUUGCUGAUCUGACCAACGAAGAGCCUGAGGCAGUUGAACCAAUGGAAAACACACAUGCGAAUGAAGCCCUGGAGGCUCUUGAUGUCAGUAACGGGAGUGAAAGAUACGACUCCAACAAUGAGGCUGAUGGCGGCGAAACAUCCCGUCCCGGAGAUGAUGUUGACAAUCCCGAUGGAGGCGGAGAUGGCUUCUGA